CCGCUUCCAGAGCAGAAGUUGCUGGGCUGCUCGGGGGAUGACGAGCAUCUUUUCCUCCGUGGUGUCCAGCAGCAUCAGUGCGCGCAACUGCCGUAUCCGCCGUUACUCGCAGAGCAACGGGGAUUUGUUUACAAAGACGAUCAGCAGUGUCUCUCGGUCCUCGGACGACGAGGGUCCCCCUCCUUGUUUCAAAACACGAAUAUUGGUAACCGCGUUUUUCAUGAUGAGGACGCGAUUUUUCCUUCAGGACCUGACACUUUUUCCCCACUGGGUGGGAGCAACAUCAUGAUGUGUAUGGGCGGACAGCGCGAUGUCGUCCACAACACCGAUUUCUAUCCGAAACCGCUGCCGGAUUACAUCAGCGCGGACCUGCUGGACCUGUUGUCUGAAGAUGCGGACUACGACUACCUCUUUGAAGGCCCGAACGGCGGGGCCGCUGUUCCGGAGGAAGUAGAUGGGAUCCCGGCCGCUGCGCUGCCCAUGGAGCAUUACCACGGGAACAACCUGUUGAACGAAAAUUUUCAGGAAAAGCACUUUCAUCACACUAGAACAAAUAGCUGCUCCUACUACCCGGCCCGCCUGCAGAUGAGCAUGGCCAGCAACCGCCCAAUGUCGAGUCCGAAAAGUAGAUCUGCUCGUCCCAAUUUCGUGUAUUCUCUUCCACCGUCUCAGCACCCGCAGCGACAGCUGCGUGCGUCCACGGGUAAGUCUUGGCGUGAGGACUCAUUGAUAGAGGACAACAAGCAGGAGAUUAAUCUCCACUGGAGCUACCGAGAGGACGUGUUUGAUGAGCAGGCAGUUGAAAAACCACCUCAGCGCUGCACCAGUAACGAAAACUGUGCGCUUUAUUUGCACGACACGGACAGCAUGGAGGACCAACACAUACUCACCAAAUUACAGUCCCCGACGGUCCGCGUUACCGAACAACGGUUCCACUUCCGGAAAGAGGAACUACAAGAAGAACUACCGCGAAGCGAUGUCGAAAUACAUCAGCAGGGUCGCGGUCGUGGUGCUGGUGGUGCUUUAUUCAGUGUCGCCCCCGCACACGCACUAACUCCAGGUCCCGCUGCGUUCAGUUAUCUUCACCAAAACUGCAGCACUAUUGCAGGCGCUCCUUCGGGAGGUGAUGAACCGAACUGGAUCACUGCCUUCGGCGCUCGUGGCGCAUUCGUUGAUGGUACCAUCGGUAGAAGCGGCGUUUCAUCGAUCGGUGCCGACACGACGUCACGGUUUCAUCUUCAUGGCCUGCGCGGCACGAUAGUACCGAAAGAACCGCUCACGGGCAAUUUUUCCACGCCGCGAUCGGGUGUUGGCAAAAGCGCUGCGAGGCGAUUGCGAGUUCGUGAGCUGGAACCGAAUCCGAAGUGGCAUGAGGAAGGCUUGUGUAGUUGAAGGUUUUCAUGAUUCCACAAGAGAGUGAAAAUAUAGAGGAAUGAAUGUACGUUUACGUAGGCCGCAAAUUUAUCGAGUUUCAAAAUCACUCAGUAGUUCCAUAAGUGUUAGUGUUUUCCCAAGGCGCGCACAAAUGCAAGUAGUUGUGUUUCAAUUUUCUCCACUCAGUUCUAAAUCAAAAUGAAAGUUUGUUUCAGGAGUAGUUCCUAUGUAGAGCUGUGCUGCUGUACAUGCGAGGAAAAAGUAAAAGUGCAUAUAGUCUUUUGUACAUAUCGUCGAUCGGUGGAAUCGGAAAGCAAGGGUGUUGGGUUUCUCAUGACUGGAUGAAUCUGUGAACUCACGGCUGACUGCCAUAUGUACAAUCUUGUUCUGACAAGUGGUUGCGGUAAGUAGUGAAAAAAUAGUUGAGAAACCGAAAACGCAACGCCGUAUUGAAC